CGUUAAGGGCAAUGAAAGACUCAAUGAGCAUUUUGACACAAACGCUGCCCACGACAACAGCGCAGUUGCAGUCGCAGCAGAGCAGCGAGUUGUCGCCGUCGCCACAUCAGUCAACGCAUCAUCAUCACUUGCAUCAUCACUAUACGUCGCCACCGCCGGUCAACAUGUCCAUGUCCACAUCCGCCAAUCUCAAGCCGAAUCGCUCGCGCUUCAUGAUCAACGAUAUUUUGGCGGGCAGUGCUGCAGCCGCCAGCGCUGCUGCCUUCUACAAGCAGCAGCAGCAGCAGCAGCAGAACAACAACAACAAUACAAUCAACAACAACAAUAACAACAACAACAACAACAACAGUGCGGAGCAACUGGAAACGGCAACAGCGCCAGCUACACCGCCGAGCGCUGUCUUAAGCUUAGUGCCGCCCGCUGGGCCACCACCGCACCACCACCCACUGGCCCAUCAUCACCAUGCACAUGGGCAUCACCAGCUGCAUCCACACGCCCUGCAGCAUACCAAGCUGACGCACUUUGCCGCCACCAGCACGCCUAUGGGCGCCAAUGGGUUAAACGUUGCGCAAUAUGCCGCAGCCAUGCAGCAACAUUAUGCCGCUGCAGCGGCGGCAGCAGCAGCACGCAACAAUGCCGCCGCAGCAGCAGCAGCCGCAGCAACCGCUUCCGGAGCAGCUGAGGCAGCGCCAGGCGGCGGAGCGGGAGCAGCAGCGUUGACGGAGCUGGACGACAGCAGCGACUAUCAUGAGGACAACGAGGACUGCGACAGCGAUGAGGCAGGCAGCGGCGGCGUCGGCGGCAGCAGCCACCACAUGGAUGAUCACAGCGUUUGUAGUAAUGGCGGCAAGGACGACGAUGGCAACAGCAUCAAGAGCGGCUCCACCAGCGAGAUGAGCGGCCUGAGCAAAAAGCAGCGCAAAGCUCGCACCGCAUUCACCGAUCAUCAGCUGCAGACGCUCGAGAAGAGCUUCGAGCGACAGAAAUAUCUCAGCGUGCAGGAGCGACAGGAGCUGGCGCAUAAGCUCGACCUGAGCGAUUGCCAAGUCAAGACCUGGUAUCAAAAUCGCAGAACCAAAUGGAAGCGGCAGACCGCUGUGGGACUGGAGCUGCUCGCCGAGGCGGGCAACUUCGCCGCCUUUCAGCGCCUGUACGGCGGUUCGCCCUACUUGGGCGCCUGGCCUUAUGCCGCUGCAGCGGGCGCUGGCGCUGCCGCCGCUGCUGCUGCACAUGGCGCGCCGCCGCACUCGAGCAUCGAUAUCUACUAUAGACAGGCGGCGGCUGCGGCGGCGAUGCAGAAGCCGCUGCCCUACAAUUUGUACGCGGGCGUGCCGGGCGUGAGCGUUGGACCGCUGGGAGCGGCAGCGGCGCCGUUUACGCAUCUCUCCGCCUCCAGUUCGCUGUCCUCGCUGAGCAGCUACUACCAGAGCGCGGCGGCCGGCGGCGCAGCGCCCGGACGGCCUGGCAUCAUCCACAAGCCGCAGCCGCUGAGCGCCGCCGCAUCGCCGACUGCCACAGCGGCAGCGCAGUCGGGCGCUUCGCCCGCGCAUCCGCCCUCAACGCCCAGUCCGACGCUUAAUCCGGGCAGUCCGCCAGGUCGCGGCUCUGUGGACAGCUCGCAGGCCCAGUCCGAUGAUGAGGAUCAGCUGCAGGUCUAAAUCUUUAUCUGUGUCUGUGCCUGUGUCUGUCAGUCUGUCUGUGUGAGUGUAUAU